AUGUUGGAUGCAAGAAGUUCGAACAUAAAUAGUGAACAAGCACUUAAUCAAAAACAAGUAAUGGUGGCAAUCGAGGAUUCAGCUAAUGCACCGAACGAGUCUAUGAGAGAAAAUUGUCCAGUUCUCAAAGCUAUUACUGACGAACAAAAUUUACUAACUACAGAGAUUAUGAAUGAUAUUAAAGCAGACCUAGUUCCUAUUGUUGGAUAUGCCGAAGAGCCUCUAUUACCACUGUCCAAAGCAUGUUCACCGCUCACCAACAUCCUUUAUAAUUUAUCUUUCUACGUUCAAAUGGUACUUGACGAUACCUCAGAACAGCCGCCUGAUGGGCUAACGAUCGACGAGAGCGCUGCAAUUCGUCUCUAUACGAUCGAAUGGGAAAGCCCCCAUAGAAGUCUUUAUUCAAUGCUCAAUUACACUCUCAAGAAUGAGAAUCGCGAACAUCUUCAACCUUAUUUUAAGUAUUUGAAACUGUUCUUAACUGCUUUAGUCAAAUUACCAUGCGUCCCGCCAUUAACCGUUUGGCGAGGAGUAACUAAAAAUUUGAGCGAAGAAUUUCCACCUGGUACAUCAGUGACCUGGUGGGCAUUUUCAUCAUGCACAACUGAAUUGACUGUACUUGAGAACAACAUGUAUUUGGGUAAUACUGGCAGUCGAACAUUAUUCUCUGUGGAAGCUAUUAAUGGUCGAAUAAUACGAGAUCAUUCACAUUUUGUUACUGAAGAUGAAAUUCUUCUUCUGCCUGGCACUCACAUGAUAGUUCAAUCACAAUUCAGUCCGGCACCUGAUCUUCAUAUCAUUCACUUGAAACAGGUCAUACCACAAAAAGUACUACUGAAACCACCAUUCGAAGGUAUUUUAAACAUUUUCAAUCAAUUAGUUUAA